AUGGAAGCGGCGGAGGCAUACCAGGUAGCGAACUACGGCGUCGGUGGACACUACACGCCUCACCUGGACGCGCACGGCUUCGGCGAGGUUGCUGACAGCGUGGACACCGCAGACGGCAACAGACUCGCCACCACGCUGAUGUACCUGACCGACGUGGCCGCAGGGGGCGCCACUGCGUUUGUAAAGCUGGGAAUUGCGGUGAAGCCUCGCGUCGGUGACGCCCUCUUCUGGUACGACCUAGAGCCGUACGACGGGGACGAUGCUCCGCAGCAGUUCUCUUUCUGGCAUCAGAAGAGGAGAACAGAGGACCUCUCCCUGCACGUCGGCUGCCCCGUCCUGUGGGGCUCCAAGUGGAUCGCGACGAAAUGGAUUCGUGAGCGGACCAACGCCAUCGUGCGUUACGACGCGCCCGGCUGA